GCGGGGAAUUUAAAGUGGGUGUAAUCUGGAUAGAUCCAGGUACUAUAUAGCUCAGUUAGCCAGACAGCGCCCUCCUGCGAAGCCUGAUAAAAGCUUGCAAUCGCUCAGAAAAGUCCGCAGAAAAUCAACCGUUUCGAAGCAUUCAACACCUCAUAAAACAUGUCAGGAUUGGUCAAAGCGAAAAAAUACGACUGGAAGGACUCAAAUUUAGCUCUCUUUGGCUCCGAUACCGAGAAAAAGGCAAGUUUUAAACGUCUUAUAUUUAGUGUACUUUCCUGGCUUUUCUAGUAUUUAAAUUCCUUGUUGCAAUUUGUACAUUUAUCAAUUCCAUCGCCGAGUAUAUUAUCAAUUCCAUCGCCGAGUUUAUAAAGCCAUUCUGAAUUCUUUGCAUUCUUCGAAAGAUGUUUAACGUUAUAAGCAAGAAUUCGCCGAAGUUUGGUAAAAUAUCUAUAAUUUCAAGCAUUUAAUGCCUCUAUUAAACCCGCCCUAAAAUUUAGUGAAUUUUUGAUAACAUCGUAGCGUGCCCGGUUGGUGCCUCACUAGGGAGCGAUUUUAUUUCAAAACAGCUAAACAAAACCGCUAUUUACCUCCCUAUGGUUGUAGACACUUUAGUAACCUAUUUUAGUGAACUAUUUUGAAAUAUCUUAGCGGAAUUAAGACAUUUUGUGAAUGCUUGUAUUAUAUCCUGGGGACUCUGUAUUGGGUAAACAUUCGAAAGAGUGAUUUGCUACAUUUUCAACUUUGGCAUAAAAAAUGGUGAUAAAGUGCUUAUUUAAUCCGUUUAUUUAACCAAUUUUUUCCAUACGCAGCUCUCCUGAAAGUUCUCAACUAAAUGAGAUUGCCUACCACGUAACCAAAUUGCUGCAUUUUUAACAGCCAUUAUCGAAUCAAAACAAUGCAAAUUUUAAAGGUAACUUGUUAUAUUAAUGUGGUUUGUGAUUCAAUAUUACGGCAGGUCAAAAAGGAUUCAGCCGAGACAGAGCCUGCUUGGAAGGGCGCUGGACAGAAGCCUGGCAUUCAAAUAUGGAGAAUUAAAAAAUUCAAGGUAGUAAAAAGCAUAAAUAGUCAAGAUUUUGAGCAUCAUUCAAGCUCUUGUUGUGAAGAUUUUUAAGAACAAAAUUUUAUGUAAAUAUUGGGUUUGCCCAAAGCUGCUCGCUGAUUGGUCAGUUCUAUUAAUCAGACCAUAUAUGGUAGAGUGUUUGGGCUGUUCUAGAAUUUUAAAAGAAUGAGCACUUAGGCAAAUCCAUAUUUUGGUUUUUGAGAUGGGAAAUGAAUUUGAAAAGUGUUCUUCCUGUUUGACUCUACCAAACAUCACAGGUUUUCUCAGGGUAUUCCAAUUUCCUCCUGUAUAAAAAGUGAAUCAAUGUGGAAUGGCUCGUUUUGCACCGUGGGAGGACAGUUUAGAAGUGAUAGAACUAUCCAGUGUAAAUAAAAUUUCAACAUUGAAAGACCCCAAUUUCAUCCCACAUAUGGGUGUAGUUUUUGUUCAAAGCCGGGAAAUUUACAUGCCAUUUAUGGCAAAUUCCUAGGGGCCAAUUGAUGGGAUAUAAUGCAUAAUUAUCAGGUUCUAGAGUGAAUAUUAGUACAAAAUCAUUCUUUGUUUAAUCUGUUGUAAUAAUAAGUUGGCAUGAAUGGUUGUUUUUGUGUUAUUAGGUAGCUCACGAACAGAAAGAUGACUAUGGCAAGUUCUACAAUGGCGAUUCAUACAUUAUUCUGAACACAUACAAAAAACCUGAGGGCGAUGUAAGUAGAUGUAUUGAGCUGACAGAUUAUGAGAUAUUGUGAAAAUGAAUGAUGCAAUACAGCACUAAUUACCUAAUGCACAAUGUUGAGCUUUUGUUGAACCCAUUGAGGUGUUAGGCCCCGUUUACAUGAGACCGGAACAAAGUCAAACCGGGACCAUCUCGUUUCGGUCAUAGUAUUAUCCAUAAUAGAUGUUUACAUGAGACCGGGACGAAAAUAACUCAGACCGGUCUCAAGUCAUUCCGCCUUCUGGACCGAACCGACUGACUUCAGACCGGCAUGAAUUCAGACCGGGAUGAAUGUAAACACAAAUACAUUUCAGACCUGUCUCGGCUGUAAUCUUGACAUUGGAACAACACAUGCUAACAAAAGCCACCUGAAAAAGAAAAUUGCCUGGCAAGGGGAAUAAACCUUUGUCCCGGUCUCAUGUAAAUGGGGCCUAAGGCAGAGUAGUAGAGCAUUACAGCAUGCAACUUAAUGGGUUAAACCAUAGAAUAUAUAAUGGACCAGAAGUCUCACUGUACACCUUUCCUUAACAUUUUCGUGUCCGCGAUUUUCGCCUUGCGGAUCACGAAUUUUGCACGCUAGAUGACGUGUGUGACACUUGCUGCGAACAUCACGUCAGCGUUCGUCAGCAAAACGGUUAAAACAGCAAUCUUUAUUACCUGGUAAUGGCAAUUGAUGGCGUAAUUGCUCGCGUUUUAUGGCGUGGAUUACACUUGCUGGCUCGCGUCUGCGCAUAAAAAAUCUCGGACAUAAUUUUGGCUGAGUGAGGCUUCUGGUCUUAUUUUCUAUUCUGUGGUUAAACCCACUGAACUGAAUAGAACUGGAAUGCUAAUUGAAGCCAAAUUUGAAGGCCAGUCCAAGUCUUUUCACACAUAUGAUGAAGAGUGUUCAAUCUGUCAAUCAUGACACACAUGUCAGAUUUGGCUUCAAGAAACGAAUAGAAUCCUAUGGUUAAACCAUACUUUGCAAUACUCCAAUCAUCAUUAGGUGUUAAUGAAUUCACCAACCUAUUUGCACAUGUUUCUUUCAAUCCAUUAAGCACCACCCCACAUUUAUUUCUCCUAUCUAAUGAAUAAGCAGUAAUAAGGUUUGUAUAUUAUAUGUCAAUAUUUUAAAUCUGGUGUUGACAGGAAUUGCUCUAUGAUGUUCAUUUCUGGAUUGGACAAAAUUCAACCCAAGAUGAAUAUGGCACGGCAGCAUACAAGACGGUUGAGCUUGACACACUGGUACGUAUACGUUGAUGCACUUUGUAUUGCAUUUAAAAAAAAUAUUGAUCUUGGUCAUGUAGUUAAAAUGUGCUGGCUGACCCUAGAGGCAUAAUUUUGAUAAAAUUAAAAAUGAAUCCUGUGUUGUUUCCACAGUUGGAUGACAAGCCAGUUCAGCAUCGUGAAGUGCAGAAUCAUGAGAGUUCUUUGUUUAAAUCCUACUUUGAACACAUCACUUUAUUAGAAGGAGGGUAAGUCUUCAAGCAUGAUAUUUUAAUAUUUUUUAUUUCUUGUGUUACUUGUUCAGGUGAAGAUAUAUGUUUGUGAUGUUGUCUCUAAGUAUGUCCACACCAGGCAAGCUGAAAUGUUUGCUUGACUGCAAUGGAAAUCGAACCUACGACCUUUGGUUUACUAGUCUGUGUAUGUGUUAUGUAUGACUAAUCAAUGUUAUGUACAUGUUAACUAUGCUUUUCAUUUUAGUUGUGACAGUGGAUUCAGACAUGUGAAACCUGAAGAAUAUGAGAUUCGACUAUUCCAUGUCAGCAAACAAGGCGUAUGUUCAUAUUUUGUUUAGCAGACUGCUAUAUAAUUCCCAAUUCUUCCAAUCGGGAAGGCUUGGAAAUGCCAUGUCUGGCACUAAGUUGAAGAAUUUGGAUGACAAAAUGGUCCUGUUUACACCAGACAUUUGUGGCUUAAAACCUGUUAUGGCAGAAAUUCAUGACUGACUUUUGACACAGUCUCAAACAAAAUAUGGGACCGAUUUUACACCCCCACAAUACCCUAAUGUGUGCCCCUGACCAGGGAAUAAGAUUUGCUAAUUAAUUUGAUUUUUCAUCUUCUAGCGCAAAGUCUUUGUGAAAGAGGUUCCAGCAUACAAAUCCAAGUUAAAUUCUGGAGAUGUUUUCAUUAUUGAUAAUGGAUUGGAAAUUUAUCAGGUUAAUAAAUAUUUACAUACUAGUUAUUAUUAUUAUUAUUAAUGAAUAUUUUAACAGGAUAAAAACUUCAGUUAUGCAAAAAUUAAUUACAAAAACUGCUAUCAAUGUUUGUCCUGUAAAGUCUCAAGAAUAACAAAAAUAGGUAGCCAAGAAGUUAAUAAAUAAAACCUAAAAAUUACAUAAUUAUAUAAGAAUGGACAAACAGGAUAAAAUGUCUUAGAAGUAUAAUAUUUACAAAGUUAAAAUGUCUUGAAAGAUAAACUAUUUCAAAAUCAUUGAUCUUCGUGUCACUGCAUGGUAAUGAAUUAAACAGUUUUGCUCCACUGAAGUAGAAGCUCUGCUUAGCUAGUUCCAGCUUAAUUCGUGGCAGUUUAAUGAAAAUGCUGUUGUUUAAAUAUGAACAUCUGAUCUUUAUGGGAAUCUAUACAAUUGUUAAAUGCCCAUAAUUCAUAAAGAUCGGUUGCAAAUAUUUUAACAAACUUGUAAAAUGAAUUUAUUUGUUAACUUUGUUAGUAUUCACUGCUCAUAGGGAGAAUCUCACGCUUCAUUAGCAUACAUUUACAGUGUAAAUCCAGCCUCUGUGUUUCGUGCUUCAACUAUAUUGAACUCUGCUGAUGGUUGAAUACUGCUAAUAGUAUUUCACUUCUUUUACAGUGGAAUGGGGCAACCUGCAACAAAGAUGAAAAAUUCAAAGCUGUGCAAUAUACACAACAAUUAAAGGUUUCAUGUUUGUUUUUACUUUAAGAUAUUUUCCCACAAUCACAGAAUAGGAAGUUAUACCAGAAGCGUAACUCUAGUCGUUUCCCUUAUCAAAGAUUAGAUACUAUAAAGACACAGAGUAGAUAAGACAUACAGAGACGUAACUGAUCGUUGUAAACACUGCGGAAGAUUACGUUAUCAUGUACCUACUUUUUUUCAGGCGACCGGGCGAAAAAUGAUCAACUGCGCAUGCUCAGCAAGUUUAAAGUGAGUCGUCAUCAGGUCGUCAUCCAAUCAGAUGCAUGCAUCUAGUAACUUGCCGAGCAUGCGCACAAAAAAAGUGGGUACACUAGUUACGUCUCUGUAUGUCUCUACUCUGUGAUAAAGAUGUGUCACUCGACGUAUUUCCCUAAUGUUUGCGUGUCCGUAAUUUUCACUUACUGCCAAAAUGGCGGCGAGACUGAUGGCGUUGGAUUUUACUAUUUAAGAGACUGAUGGCGUUGAAUUUGACACUUACUGACAAAAUGGCGGCUAUAAAAAAAUCUCGGACAUAAUUUUCGCAGAGUGACACAUCUUUAUAGCAAAGAUUAGAUACUAUAAAGAUGUGUCACUCGACGUAUUUCCCUAAUGUUUGCGUGUCCGUAAUUUUCACUUACUGCCAAAAUGGCGGCGAGACUGAUGGCGUUGGAUUUUACUAUUUAAGAGACUGAUGGCGUUGAAUUUGACACUUACUGGCAAAAUGGCGGCUAUAAAAAAAUCUCGGACAUAAUUUUCGCAGAGUGACGCAUCUUUAUAGUAUCUAAUCUUUGUUUAUAAUAUCUAAUCUUUGCCCUUAUUGUUUGACGUCCACGAAAAUUUUAACUUGCUCACGUCAGGCCACGCCAUCCUGGCUAGUACAGCCGGAAGUUUUAUCAGGAUUUGGUAGGUACAAAGUGCCGGUUGUACUAGCCAGGAUGGCGUGAUUGAUGACGAAUCGCUUGUAAAAACGCGGACAAAUAUUUGCUCGAGUUACGCUUCUUGUAUAACUUCCUAUUCUGUGCCACAAUCAUGUAGCCAGUAGAUUGUUUGAUUGCUCAGCCAAUUCCGCGGUUUGAUUGGUCGGCAGGAUUGGAAAAAAUAAUUUUAUUCCUGGGAGCGCAAUCUGGCGAUGGAAAUUUCCUGCAGGCACAAUAUUUUAUGCUAAUCUGCGCCUGAACAUGAAGUGUCCUACUUGACCAUAGUUUUAAAUUUUGUGGAAAGAUGUCGGUCAACCAUAAGUGGUUGGGCCCAGAGUAGAACAUGCACGUUAGAGUUUUUCCUUCAAAUUUUGAAGUUGCAAUUCAGAAGUUCUUGCUCCAAAUCACUGCAUGUUAAAAGUUCAAGCAGUUGGUGUGUAUGAAGAUUUUUAUGUUUAUCAUUUGAAAUUUUCAUUUAGUCUGACCGAUCUGGGAAACCAAAAGUGAAGGCUCUUGGUGAGUACACAAUGAUCAAACAUUUCUUAAAUUAUCCAAGUUAAACCACCAAUAGACCUUUCCCCUUAUGAGUGAAAUUUUGAUCUAGAUAUGCCUGGACAAAAAUUUCAUCACAGCUUGAAAGAGCAUCACAAAAUUAGUAAUAUUCCGAAGUUUCGUUGCGAAUUCGGUGUUGUAAAAUGCGGAUAAUAUAGCCUUGCGAAGUUUGCCGUUUUUCAGUCAUUUUGCAUUACAAAUGGAAUUGAUAAUCAUAUGAAGAUCAGUAAACUCGAUGUUUUUACAGUAACAAUAAAAAUAUUUUAAAAUGUUAAAAGCAUUAAGUUUGCUGAUCUUGAAUUAUGCUUAAUUGAUUUUCCUAGUCAGUUUUUUCAGUUAAAAGGGACGAAAUGCGCCUUAUCAUUCAAAAGACUAUGCCUUUAAACAAGGUAAGUAUUAUUUUAACCAUGGUAUUCUUGCUACAUUUAGAUGAAGCAACUACUCCAAAAGACCACCGCAUUUAUGAGCUUCUUAAAGAUGGUGAUGCCCCCAAGGAUGAGGUAUAUAUCACGACUUUCAUAAUUUUUUAAGGCGGUGCGCUCAAUGCAAGAAUAUUUUCACUAAAUCUAAGGAAAUAAUUUAUGACAGUAUUGGACUUACUGUUCCUGUUUUUGUACAGUUUCUUCUUGGUCAAUUAGAUAAGCAAACUAAGAUCACUUGCAGUACACCUUAAGUUUUCGUCAAAGGGAAACUGUGACUAUGUCAAAGUCCAGCGUACUUUGUUGCCACAAACCACGAGAAAUGUGAGAUAUAUUAGCCCGAAGAAAGUAGCCUGCAGUAACCUCGUAACACCGCCGGAGUGUCCCCCGUUUUGAUUUGAAAGCCCUGUGUAUUAAAGCCAAUAAAGGACAUACUACUUCGGCAAGGUCCUCUAGGAUCUGGUUAGGAUAAAAUAAAUCUGGUUUUCAUUUUCAGGGCGAAUCUGAGGAUGACAGUGAUUCAUUCAAUCCCACUCUGCUGAGGUAGGAGUUGUCCGUUUCUAAAAUAAACUUUCUUGCUACUGUAAUUAUGCUCAAUGCUAAACUGUUUUUCUAAGAGGUCCAGUUGCCAAUAUUUUUCAUAGCCUUGAAUGUUUAAAAUGUUCUCCAAUUAAAGGCUGAGUGAUGAAGGUGGUAGUCUGGCUAUGACUGUCGUCAGUGAAGGAAAUAUUUCAAAGGACCAAUUAAAGAGUGAAGACGGUAAGGCGAUGGUGAUUGUGGUGGUAAUGCUGGUGAUGGUAAUUGUGACGAUGCUGGUGAAGGUGGUGGUGGUGGUUGUGAUGAUGAUUAUGGUGAUGUGAUGGUGGUGAUGAUGAUGAUGAUGAUGGUGAUGGUGGUGAUGAGAUGAUGAUGGUGAUAAGUUGUUGUUGGUGGUUGUGAUGAUGAUUAUGGUGAUGUGAUGGUGGUGAUGAUGAUGAUUGCGAUGGUGGUGGUGGUGGUGAUGAUGGUGGUGAUGAGAUGAUAUCAGAUGGUGAUAAGUUGUUGUUGGUGGUUGUGAUGAUGAUGAUGGUGGUGAUGAGAUGAUUGCGGUGGUGAUGGUAACCUGCGAUCAGGCCUACAAAUAAAUAAAUAGGCCUGAUACAAACCUUAACAAAAGUCCAUGCCGUAUUUCUGUUGUAAAUCUGAUUGGUCUAUGAGACAAAAUAUAUUUUAAUCUGUCAUUUGAUUGGAUGGUGCUAAUGAUAUUUUAUAGUGAUCACAACUAUAAUUAGAUUGUUGUUGUCGUUGUGUGAAAUUUCUCCUGCGACAUUUUGAUUAUAUACUAAAUAUAAACUUUGUUGUGGGUGGAAAGCGAUCGGAUUAAGGUUUGUGUCAGGCUAUUAUUUUUAAAAUAGAGCCUGAUCUCAGGUGAUGAUGGUUAGAUACAGAUACAGAUAUUUCACAGCACACUCCCUAUAUCAGGGCUUUUCAGUGACUGGUUACAUUAUGAAUAGAUAGAUAGAACCGGACUGACGUGAAGCAGACCGAGGUAGACUUUGAGUUUACAAAUGGCGCUUGAGCAGCUGCCGCUAUUAGUCCAUACCUCAUUAGUGAUCUGCCUCCAGACCUAUGUGCCUAACCCACCCUGUCAACUUUCCCUGUGGGAGGAAACACGGAGUGCCCGGAGAAAACCCACGACUUUCGGCAGAGCGUUGACUUUUUACUCUUUUCACAUGAGGACUGGGUUCGAGUCACAUUGAGAAGUUCUCACUGAGAUUCGAACCUGCGACCUACAAGUGCGCUAUCCACUUGGCCACCGAAGCCCCAUUGUGGUCGUUAAUACGUUUUCUCGUUAAUUGUGAAAUAUUUUUUUAUGUUUCGUUUAGUAUUCAUUGCUGAUACUGGCAAGGAAGUGUUUGUUUGGAUUGGCAAGCGUGCCAGUGAAGGAGAAAGUAAAAAUGGCUUGACAUAUGCACAUGUAAGUAAAACUAAAGAUGCUGUAAAGUUCGUUCUGCGCGUAUAUUCUGCGUAUCAACACAUUCCAUCAGUGGGGGAGCAACCUUUGGAAUGUUGUUAAUAUUACGCACCUUCCGAACUUUCUUGAAUUGAAUCUCUGGUCUGCAUUCAUUUGCAAGCAUAGUGAACCGGAAGAGGGUUAAAAAUUGAGUAUAAUAUAUAUCUAAUCAUAUUUUACAACUGUAGCACUGAGUUCAAAAUGUAAACAAAGCGUUUGUUUACAUUACAGACUUUACAUCACCUUUAAAACGAAAUACACUGUUUAGGCCAAAAAAAAAAUAUGUGGGUUUCCGGUUUCUUCUUAUAAAAACUUAGGUAGGGUAGGUCGGUUUUAACUUUUUUUUUUUAAACUUUUUUUUUUAAUUUUCCGAACAAGCGGACACCAUUUUGUUUAGUCAGUGCUUCCACAUCUAAAGAUAAAUUUCCCUAAUAUUGCCUCAAAUUUCAAUUUUCCACAAACUUUUUCCUCUAAGUGGAAACACUUACAAGCAUGAUCCAAUAAAAAAGUUUAGGGUCGGGAUUUCGACGUCCAAAAGCUAGGUAGGGUCGGGAAACCGGAAACCCACAUAUUUUUUUUUUGGCCUUACUAAUUAAAUGAUUUUACAAACAUGUCCCGCUUUUCCAUUUUAUUUUAGAACUACUUGCAAAGUAGCAAGCAUCCAUUGGUGUCUGUGACCGUAUUGAAAGAAGGCCAAGAGAGUGACGCUUUUGAAAAAAUACUGAGUUAGACAAUUUUCUUUCCAAGUGACUCAUAGAUCAACUGACCACUUCAGUCGUAUUCUCGAGCAUUUCUCGAGUUACAAUAAUAAAUUUCUUUAACUAAUUAAUAAUAAUAUUACGCACACUGUAACAUUUUAUGUUAAUGAAUUUAAUAUCUGCAAUUUUA